UUCCUAUUUCCUACAUAAAUUUCAAGUUCAAUAUAGCCUCUUUCUUUAGUAAGAAACAACAAAACACAAGAGAGAGAAAGAGAGAGAGAAAAUGCAGCUCUCUUAUUGUGUAAAAGAGCAGAAACCCUGUGUGCGUUGGGUGGAGAAAUAUUUUAAAGACUGCCUUUGCAAUGUAAAAGAUGAUUUUUCCUUCGGUUUUGGCCUUAUUAGUCUAGUGUGUUGGGGUGUGGCAGAAAUCCCUCAAAUCAUCACCAAUUUCCAGACAAAAACUGGCCAUGGAGUUUCUCUUACUUUUCUACUCACUUGGGUUGUUGGUGAUAUUUUCAAUCUGGUGGGUUGUCUGCUAGAACCAGCGACGUUGCCAACACAGUAUUAUACGGCUCUGCUUUACACAAUAAGUACUUUAGUCUUAGUAUUCCAGUGUGUGUACUAUGACUACAUUCCUAGACGGUUGAAGUACCGACAGAUCAAUUCUAAACAUGAGGCUGAAGACAAGAAAAAACCAUUGAGGCCCGAUAAGUCAGAUGAUUCAAGCAUUCCGAUUCCUAGAGCUUCACCAAAAACCACUACUCAAAGAGAGUACUACUAUAUGUCAGCCAGAUCUUUGGCAGGCAGUGGCACUCCACCAUUUCGAACCUAUCUCAGGGCGGCCAAAAGUGGUCCUUCCACAAUGGCGCUUAACAGUGACUCAUCAUCUGAGGAUGAGGCAGCUCCAACUGCAUCUAAGUCAUCUGCUAGCCAACCUAGGCCAAUACCAAGAUCAGUAGGUUAUGGAACAUUUCUAGCUACAUCACUCAACUUGCCCGUAAAGAGUAACGGUUUGAUCCAAGCAUACGUGGGACUCACUGGGAGGAAGCUCUUACAUGAACAAGGGGCAGAGAAUGUUUUAGGGCAAUCGUUGGGAUGGCUAAUGGCUGCUAUUUACAUGGGUGGCCGACUCCCUCAGAUAUGGUUAAAUAUUAAAAGAGGAAAUGUAGAGGGCUUGAAUCCUCUCAUGUUCAUUUUUGCACUAGUUGCCAAUGUUACCUAUGUGGCAAGUAUUCUUGUAAGGACCACUGAAUGGGAUAAAAUCAAAGCUAAUAUGCCUUGGUUGUUGGAUGCUAUAGUCUGCGUGGCGCUUGAUUUAUUUAUCAUUUUGCAGUAUAUUUACUACAGAUACAUUCGGAGACCAAGUAGUACUGGAGAUUAUGGAGACUACAUGGAAGCGAGUAAACCUGUUGUGUCUUAAUUGAGCAUUGUGUUUGAUAUCACAACUUUGGACCAUAAUUUAAUUUUCCUCACUAGUAUUUGAGCUUGUAUUAUUUGUUUUUAGUUAUUGUUUAGUACAGCGAGCCUUACAUAAAUAAAUUAGUGGAAGCACUAAUAUCCUCAAUAUAAUUUGUAAUGUUGACGCUAUAUUGCUCAACAUAUAAGCCCAUAAAUUAGUCUGUUUAAGCCUUUUUUAUAUCGUUGCUGUUGAGUUUCCUGGCCUGUUGGUUCUUCAAUGACUCUGACUCUGACAUGCUACAAACCAUGUUGUUUAUCCAAGGUCCAUUUUAUCUUUGAUGGAAUCCCCUUCUUGAAAUUGAAUGUAUUUGAAAUUGAGUGAUUUGAUUUGUUGGUAAUAUAUGGACUAUAGUGCAAUUAUUGGCUCAA